AUGGAAAGCUCCAAAGCCCGCGGCAAAUACCCUGCAGCAACCGAAGCUUCUGUUCGCGACAGAAGCCUUCCGCCGGACAUAGCCUUCAUGACACCCCUGAUCCCGUUUCAAAGCACACUCACAUCGGAACCUAGCGAACCUUCGUCCACGAAAAUCUCCAAUGAGGAUAACACCCUCUCGAUGCCACGAUACAUCCCCCCGCAUCGACGAGGCAACACCUUCAUUUCAUCUCAGAACACCAAAAGCCUUUCUGACAAUCGACGAACACUGCCCGGUCACUCCACUGCUUGUGAGAUUGCGGGUGGCCAGAGUUCAGGUGACCGCAGAGUGGGGGUUGUGCGAGGAAAUCCGGACGACUCCAACCCGAACUAUAAAGGCAGCCACUCACUGGUUUCUGAUCAGAGCGCGGAUAUUCCAGACGAACAGAAUGUAUCCUUUUGGAUGAAGAAUCUGUCCCCCGGUUGCACGACCAAGACUCUACUCGAGGAGGUUAGAGACAUUGGCAAAGUGUCGCACAGCAGCGUGACGCCACCCAAUGGCGCUCAUACUACUUCUGCAGCCAGACUGGAGUUCUUCGACCGAGAAUCGGCGGACAGGUUCCUCGACAAGGCCCAUAGUGGCAUAUUCACAGUCCAAGGAUAUGUUCCUCGAGUGACGCGUAACCGUAUCAAGGUAGCUGCUCUCCCAGAAUCGCAGAUCAGCCGUGUGCUGGUCAUCUCGAGGCCCGUGCAGGUCGUGUCAAGGCCGUAUCACCAAGAUCAAUUCGACUUGGGGGAAAACUUCAAAUACGACUUGCACGAAGUAACUGUCCAAAGCGAGGACACGACGACAAGAACACUGGAGUUCCAUUUUGCCAGUGCCCGAGCACAGGCUGGCCGAGCACGUGCUAUCUUAGAGGAGCUGAAGCAACACAAGUGCGGUGAAGGUUACGAGGAACUUGAUGCCUGGUGGGGCCAUAUCAAAUGCCAUUGGGGCUUUGAUCCAUGCCAAUAA